AUGGGUCUCCCUCUCAAGCAUGGCGCUCCUGGCGCCAAUACAGAUUCGCCCGCUCAAUCCCAGGCUUCACAGCCUGUCGGGACCCAAAACCAACAAUCCGGUCCAGCCACGGGAGCUGGAGUCAACACAGGCGCUGGGAACACACGCCCCAAGACGGAAGCUGAGCUUGAGGCCGACCGACUUUAUGAGGAAGCAAUGGAGGAGGAAUACGCUAAGAGAGACGGUGGUUCAUGA